GGGGUGCGGGGGGGGGGUCUCUCCUCCCCAUGGGGUUGCUGGGCCGAGGGUUGGCCCCAGCCGGGCCCUAUUUUCCCUGGAUAGAGACUUUCAGUCCUACGGGGGAGCAGGAACAGUUUGCACGGGGGGGGGGGGGGCUGAGAGCCAUUGAACCAAACUGCAAACCCUGCAGAUGCUGGGAACCGCUUCAAGCGGGGGGGAGGCGGCAGCCGCCCCCUAGUCCAGCACCGAUGGGAGCUUGGGAAGGGGGUGCUCGGCGCUGUCCCCGCUAGAGGGCUCUGGGUAUGGCUCAGGGACGGGAGGCGGCAGCGCUCUCCCCCUCCCCUGGCCGUGUGUUUCCUGUGAUCAGCAGAUCAGGGGGCUGAACUUCCCAGGUUAGCGGCUGCUGCUUCCGUAGCGCAGAGCCAGGCCCCCGCUGAGCCCAGCCCGGGUGGGGACCGUCUGCGGCGGCUGCAACCAGCCCCGGGCUCUGCCCGCGCCAGCCCCCGAGCCGGAGCCUGCAGGUGCUUUAAAGGAGCCGGCUGCGUGUUCCCGAUGGAGAAGUGGCUCUUCCUAGAUCCUCGGCAGAGGGCCCUGUACAGAGAUGUCAUGCAGGAGAGCUACGAGACCCUGAUGUCCCUCAAAUAUCCCAUCCCUAAACCAGACGUGAUCUCCCGGCUGGAGCAAGGGGAAGAGCCGUGGGUCCCCCCGGAUCUCCAGGGCUCUGGGGGAAGGGACCUCCCGAGAGGCGCCAGCCCAGGGACUGCGAGCGAGACCGAGAGGGAGGCUCCGCGGCCAGGAGGCCCCGAGACGGCGUCAUCGGGAAGCAGCCGGGGGAAGGUGGCCCGCAAUCCCAAAGGGGGCAAAGCCGGCAGGUCCGGAGGCCAGCAGGGAAAGCCGCCAGGGAAGAGACGGGGCAGAGAAGCUCCAUGCAACGGAGGCUUCAAGAAAGUCCAGGAUGGGGCAGCCCCGCGGAGAGGCCGAUCGGGGGAGAGCCCUGAAGCCAGGCUCAGCGUGGACGGUAGCAGGCAACAUCCUGCGGGAGAGGAGCCCUCCCUGUGCCCGGAGUGUGGGGAGAGCUUUACGGAGAGCUCCGCCCUCCUUACCCACCAGAGAUCCCACACAGGGCAGGGCUCCUACCCGUGCCCGGAGUGUGGGGAGAGCUUCAUCGAGAGCUCCGCCCUCCUUACGCACCAGCAGUCCCAUGCGGGGCAGGGGCAGGAGCCCGGCCCGCGACGUCGGCCCCAGGCCCCCGGCGGGAAGCGUUACCGCUGCUCGGAGUGCGGGGAGCGCUUCCGGGUGAGCUCCCACCUGGCCACCCACCUGCGCCUCCACACCGGGAUCAAGCCCUUCCAAUGCGCCGACUGUGGGAAGGGCUUUGACUGGGGCUCGCACUACGCCCGGCACCGGCGGCUGCACACCGGCGAGCGGCCCUUCCAGUGUGCCGACUGUGGUAAAUGUUUCGGGCGCAGCUCCCACCUCUACCGGCACCAGCGGGCCCACGCCGGCGGGAAGCCCCUGGAGUGCCCGGACUGCGGCAAGGCCUUCAACAGCAGCGCCUUCUUCCACAAGCACCAGCGGGCCCACGCCGCCCCCCGCCAGCCCCACCGCUGCCCCGAGUGUGGGGAGAGCUUCCCCCGCAGCGCUGCUCUGGCCCGGCACCGCCGGAGCCACCGGGGCGACAAACCCUUCCGGUGCGGGGACUGCGGGAAAGGCUUUGCCUGGAGCUCCCACCUGGAGCGGCACCGGCGCGUCCACACCGGCGAGCGGCCCCACACCUGCGGGGAGUGCGGGGAGGCUUUCAGCCAGAGUGCCCACCUGGUGAAACACAAGCGGGUGCACACAGGCGAGAGGCCCUAUGGGUGCCCGGACUGCGGGAAGAGCUUUGGGGACAGCUCGGCGCUGGCCAAACACCGGGGGUGCCAUGCCAGCGGGGGGAGACGCCGCCUGGCUGUGAAACGCCCGGCGGCAGAGAGACCCCAUCGGUGCGCCGACUGCGGGAAAAGUUUUGCUCGGAGCGCAGCGCUGGUGAGGCACCGGAAAAGCCAUACGGAGAGGCAACCCGGUGGUGGGGAGAGCUCAGCCCAGACGAGCCCCCUGAGGGAGAACUCCUCCCAUCCCUGCCCCGACUGCGGGAAAAACUUCCCUCGAGCCUCCCAGCUGGACAGACACCGGCGCCUCCUCCACACGGCGGGUCAGCCCCACCGGUGCCCACAGAGCGCAGCGCUGGCCAAGCAUCGCCGGGGCGACAGACCCUUCCGGUGCGGCGACUGCGGGAAAGCCUUCACCUGGAGCUCGCACCUGGAGCGGCACCGGCACGUGCACACCGGCGAGCGGCCCCACACCUGCGGGGAGUGCGGGGAGGCCUUCAGCCAGAGCGCCCACCUGAUGAAACACAGGCGGGUGCACGCAGGCCAGCGGAAGAGCUUUGGGGACAGCUCGGCGCUGGCCAAGCACCGGGCUGGCAAAGAGGACACCUCCCACCGCUGCGGCGACUGCGGGAAAAGUUUCAGCCAGGCACCGGCGCUGGCCAGGCACCGGCGGCUCCACGCCGCUGGGGGGAAACCCUUCCGCUGUGCUGACUGCGGGAAGGGCUUCGCCUGGAGCUCCCACUGGGAGCGGCACCGGCGCGUCCACACCGGUGAAAAGCCUUUCCAGUGCGCCGACUGUGGGAAAUGCUUUGGCCGUAGCUCCCAUCUCUACCGGCAUCAGAGGAACCAUCCCGGAGAGAAACCCUCCUCCCAAGGGGCUGAGUAAGGGGGAACAUGACCACCAGGAAGGGACCCUAAUGAGACAACAGGGAAACCAACCCCAGGAACCCUCCUGCCAAAGGUGCGACUAAGGGGGAAGGUGUCUGCCAGGGACGAGAUAACAAGGAGUCCGCCUGGGAGAGGAACCCCUUUGAAUUCAAUCCGUAUUAGGGCUAAGAGAUCCAAUCCAUGCGCUAACCGGGGAUAACGCUCCUCCAUCACACGUGUUCGGCUGCCCCCCGCCGCUUAUCAGUGACCCCCUGGCGGCCGGCACGCCAUGAAGCGGGAUCUCCUCCUCUCACCCGAGUUGGAUGGGCAGCAGCAGGGGGAGGGAGGGAGACAGGGGAGGUGCUGUCACUUUCCCUACCCCACAUCGACCCCUGACGUCCACCCUCACGCAGGCCCUCUCCCCUGUCUCUAUCUCCCCUCUACCGGGCAGGUGUCAGGGCCGCCUCCCGCUCGUCCAUGGAUGAAAUAAAGGCUCGAGAGAGAAACUUGUCGCACAGAACAAUCCAUGACCCAGUGGUUGUUUCAAAGGAGGCACUGGACGGAAGGUGGGGAAAGGCAGAGGUGCCGCUUCUCAGCAGGCAGCACCCAGCACUCAGGCUCUCCAGAGGAGAGGAGGCCAGGCUGCAAAGGUCGAAAUGGAGAACCCUGGAAAUGGGAGGCAGAACGGACCUGUGGGACUCACUGCUGCAGGAUAAGGGCGCAUUUCGGGAUGGUUUCCUGCAAGGGCUCACAGGCAAAGGGCUCGAAGUCCCAGGAGCAUUCGGGCCUUGGUGCCACAUUUACAUCGUCCCCCAUUAGCCGGAGGGUCACGUUUAUACCAUUCCCCAUUAGCCGGAGGGUCGCGUUUACACCAUUCCCUGUUUGCCAGAACACCACAUUUUAUACCGUUCCUCGUUAGCUGAGCGAUUCUUAGAGCUGCUGUGUCAGGGCACGUUUCAAAGCAGGAUCCAGGAUUUUCACCGGAGCCGACGUUGGUAGUCGAGUCUGGGAGACAAGAGGCUGAAAUGGGGGGAAGGAAGCGAGACCCUGAUCCCUUUAAUGGUUCCUGCUGCAGUCAGGAGGAAAGGGGGCAGGAGGAGGGAGGCGGGAGCUGGUCGAAAUGCUGGGAUUGAACCAGAGACAGCCAGAGUUAAAAGCAUGAGUAGCUGCUACCUCUUGAUUUAAAGCUUUGAGUCUGGCUCUGUCACCAUGGAAUACUGGAAUACUGCGUACAGAUGUGGUCUCCUCAUCCCAAAAAAGAUACACUGGCACUAGAAAAGGUGCGGAGAAGGGCAACUAAAAUGAUUAGGGGUUUGGAACAGGUCCCAUAUGAGGAGAGAUUAA